AUGGCUGGUCUUAGGUCUGGGUUUGUCACUAAUUCGGGUUCGACACCCAACCCUAAUAUCGCAAGCUCUAGUGGUACUGCCAACACCACUCCUCCGGCGCAACCUGCAACUACCACUCCUCAAGCGCAACCUGCCACCACUACUCCUCCAAGCACUGGCGCUCCGACUUUCUCAGAACUUCAUGAAGCGGCUAAGAGUUCAGCAACUACUGCACAUGCUUUACUGGAGAGAGCUAAGACUACAAAGGUUGAAGAACCACGGGAAACUCGAGGUAGAAGACGCUUGAUCAACAAGCAGUGCAACCUCCAACUCUCCACAAAUGUUGUUGCAGAAGGGAGAAAAAAGAAAUCCGAGUCACAACGAAAGCAUGCUUCUUCGACUCCUUCAAAGGCACAAAGGAAGGAUAAUACGCAAGUUCCUGCUCAACACGCGGAAGCUGAUCCAGAGGCACCUGACUUCCCUUUUCCAUUGAAGUGA